CCCUCCUCACCCCAUGUCCCUCCCCCAUGGUGGUCCAAUUCCCACCUCACCACCACCAUGUCAUUUCCUCCCAUCCCCAAGCUCCUCCGCGAGUCGAGCGACCUCACCAUCACCUCCGCCUCAACCCCCAGCACAACCACGUCUACCACCAGCAUCAUUCCGACAAAUAAUGUAACCUACACCCGCGCCCACCGAAAACCAUCCACCAAACUCACCACCACCCUCAAUCCAUUCCGCAAAUGCACCUCACGACAGAAACAAAAAUCAAGGCGAAAACAUAACUACAACUUCCAAUUAUCUCACCAACCUCUCUUCCGCAAUUCCCUCCUCGCCGGCGUCGGCUUCCUCGAACUCGCCAACGCAGCAGACUUCGCCGCCAACGUGUGGAACCAGAUCCCCGUCCCGAAAUACGCGAUGGUAUUCAUGGCCAUUGGUGGACCAAUCGCCCUGCUUAUCACCCUAGUGGCAGCGAGGGACUUUUACCUCAGUUACACAAACGUGCAGCUCCUCCUGAAAGAGCGGCGGUAUCUGCGCGAGUUACUCGAUUCCAUCACCACAACAAACACAACAACACAAAAUACAACCCCAAAUUCAACCACAGCCACUCGUACACAAGCAGAGCUAUUACUAAGAAGCAGACUCAGCGUCAACUUCCGCGAACUCGGCACCGAAAUCGUCGACCGGAUCCUGAUGGACGCGCUAAUGGGGUUCGGCGCGCUUCUCGUCGGCACAGGAACCAUCAUGGCGAUUUUCGGCGCGAAUCAUCGCGUCUACGUCGCCAGCAACCUGCUCAGUGGAUACAUAGGCAAUGGAUUAGCCGCGGUAUUUGGACUCGUUAAUGCAAUAUGGUCGGGGUAUUUGGUGGGCAGGUUUCAGGUGUGUUGGAGAAGUUGCCAGAACAUUACCAACACAUCCACAUCCACAACGACAACAAGGGACGGUAAUGGUAAUAAUAACAAUAAUCCUAAUCCGGGAGACGAAGAAGACACUGGUAUCGAAGAAGUGAGAAUGUACCACCACCCAUUGAAACUCCGCUUCCGCAGUCUGCAAUUCCAUGCUCUCGUGAAUGGGAUCAAUGGCCUUGUGGCUGGCGCGGCGAGCAUGGUUACCGCCACUAUGUGGUAUGGGUAUGUCGUGCUCGUGCCGUGUAUCGUGAGUCUCAUCGCGUGUAAUUGGUUUUGGAGGGUUAGGGUGGGGUAUGAUCGCCCUUUGUUGUCUUCGAGUACUACGUCUGCUUCGUUGUUAUCUACUGCGGAGAGACGCGGUGGUGGUGGUGGUGGUGGUGGUACAGCUACCCCUACCACAGGAAAUGGAAUUGGAAAUGGAGUUGGAAACGGAGGAAUUGGAAAUGAAAAAACCGACCUCCUCCUGGACCUCAGCAGCGCAACACAUCUCCACCGCAUGCUUGCAUCAUCCACCAAAGACAGAAGUGGGAUACAACUCCCCCGCCACAUCCUCAACCGCCAGAAUCCCUCAUCCGUCAUGUCCUUCCUCACCCGCAAUGGCAUGUUCGAGGGCUUCUGUGUCUGGAUCGAUCAUGAUAAAUCCCUAGAUAGGGGCGUGGAGGAUUUACUUGAUCUUGACUCUAUUAUAACAUCCACAUCCACUACUUCCCCGGGAGGGAAGACUAACGACGCCAACACCAAUAACGAAAAACCAAACGAGGAAAAUAAUACUCUUGAAGCAGAAGAAAGAAAAAAAGAAGAAUCAGUGGAGGAAGUCUCCCUCACAGCUGACGACUUCCUCACCCUAGCCCGGCACAACGACAGCGACAUCCUCCUCCGGAAAAUGAACGAGUAUUUGGAUGGGAAUGUAGUCCGGGCUGUGGCGUAUCGGGAGAGGUUUCUGUUGGAGGUGUUGGGGGUGGUUGUUUAUUUGGACUCGAUUCCGAAGGAUGCGGAUGAGGUGGAGAGGAAGAGGAGAUGGUGGUUUGGGUGUUUAUAGUACAUGAUUCCUUUGGGAUUGGGGUUGGGGUUGGGAUUUAUUAUGAGUAGUAAGAUAGAUUUACCACUGUAGUACCUGGUGUAUUAUGUGAGAUCAUGGAUGUGCUGGACACAGAUGGUGGUGUGGUGUGGUGUGGUGUGUUGCAUGCUUGCGUGCAUUGACUUGUUUGAUUGUUCUUCCGCUAUGGGUAUGUAUGCUGUAUAUGCUGGCAUAGAAUAGACUAAUAUUGUGAAUGGUGGUGGGAUUGGAUGGAUGGGUUGGUUAAUGUACUACCUACUAAUAAUGCAUCAUGUCAU